AGGUCUUGAAUCACACAUAUAGACACACACCGGAGCGAAGAAGAGUCCUAGAAAAGCCACUUGUGUCCACAUGCCAUAAACCUUGCUGAGUAAAACCAGACUAUUUUUUCUGACAAAUUGUGAGGAGUUACAUAAUUUCAGUGCCUACUUCAUGUGGGAAGGAGGAGAGACUGUUUAACAAGCAGUGAACGGGUGGAAAGGUUGCACUCUGAGAUCAUGAAGAUACAUGUGGCUGGAUUUUUCGCUGGGCUCUUCGGUGCCUUGGCAACUCUGUUCAUCCUCCUGUCUUUUGGCACGGACUAUUGGCUCCUGGCAUCUGAGACCUGCAAUUCAUAUUCAAAUAGUCCAGUUACUUCUGAGCGAGGUGAUAUUCUUGUCAACCAGGUUCCCGACCCCAAUAGUGAAGCCCCGAACUUCACCUUUCAUCAUGAGGGCUUCUUCUGGCGCUGUACCUUCGAUGACGUCAUGAACGAUGGCAAUCUGUGGAAGUUCUGGUUUGAAAAUCAGCCGCAUGUAAGAGUAUGCAAACCUGCAUAUCUUCUGCCCUUUCCAUUCCCUGACCAGUCCUACAACACUACCAGCUAUCAGACUGCUAUAAUCUACAGAGGCUUCUGGAGCGUCUCCAUGUUGGUUGGUGUGGCUGCUGUGGUGGCCGGCGGUUUCAUUAUCAUCUGUGCAGCUCCAUUCGCCAGUCAUCGCCUUUAUAAAGCAGGCGGUGGACUCUACCUCAUUUCAGGUUUCUUCGUUUUAGUUGUCACAGCGAUGUAUGUUAUCUGGAUAGAUGUUCUGGAUGUAAUAAGUUUAUAUACGGAGUAUCAGAAGUUAAAUAAGUGUGCAGACUUCGAGCUGAAUAAGACUUACGGCCUGUCCUUCAUGUUUGCUCCAGUCGGCGUGUUCUUCUGUUUUCUGUCUGGUCUUCUCUUUCUAGUGAUCGGCCGCACAGACCAUCAUCAGUACAACUGAUAUACUCAUGAAUGAUGGUAAUCAUCAGAAUGCAUUAAAGGGAUAGUUCACCCAAAAAUUGAAUUCUGUCAUCAUUUACUCACCUUUCACUUGUUUAAAUCCCAAAAGAAAACACAAACGUAGAUAUAUUUUUUUUAAAUGCUGGUAGCUAGCACCAAUUGCAAUCCAUGGUCAUUUCUUUUGUUACUACAGAAAUCAAUGGGUGCCAGCAACUAGCAUUUUUCUAAAUAUCUUCUUUUUGUGUUCAACAGAGAAAGGAAACGGGGAGAGUAAAUGCUGUGGUAAUUUUGAUUUUGGGUGAACUGACCGUUUAAAUAUCUAUAACAUGUUUGGGAUGUGUUGACUUUAUGACAGGCUGAUGUGCAGACUCUUAUAGUAUUUUUUAUAAUUUUUGUUUUGGUUGCUUCAGUUUUUGGCCAUCAUGUGUGCUUUGAGCAGUACUGUAAACAGUGAUCACGAAUGGUUUGGGAACACUUCAUGCAUUAGUUUUUGUGGUUAUAGUAUUGCACACAUGUGUCUUUAAAGAACUGCUGCAUUUUUAUAUUGCCUGGGGAGGAAUAUCAUUUUGCCUGCUUUUUAGAUUUGCAUUUACACUUUCUGUUUUGAUUAUUAAUUGAUUAAUGCAUUAAGUGUUUUCCACCCUCAAUGCUUUUAAAUAAUCUGCAAUGUACUGUAAAAAUGUAUAUGAUCAAUCAGUCCUGACAGCAUAUGUUUAAGGUCAUUGUAACUUAUUAAACUAAGUUAAUCAUGUUCUAACUUAAUUCUA